AUUAUCGCAGUUAUCGAUCGAUGCGAGUCGCGCAAUGGUCUUCUUUGAUAGUAGUGGUAUUCAUACUAAGUUCUGACAAAAAUUCAAGUGAAAAUAUCGCAUAAAAUGUAUAAACGGUAUAACUCGAAAUUUCUCGGGUUAGCCUCGGAGAUGUAUUUAAUAAGUGAUAUAAUUGUACAAAUCUUAGAGAAGUUUUAUCGAGUAGCUUAGUUGUCGCAUUAUUCAGAGAUGUCUGUGCCUUGAGAAACGGACUGACGGACAGACAGACGUCUCUGUCAAGUUUUUGUGAUUCCCGACAAAAUGUUGCUGUUUGUAAAAUUCGGGAACUCUCCGGAGUGUAUUUUAUUCUUUAUAGUGCUAACAUUCUAUCAGGUGCGUGAUUGUUUUUAAAAAAAGAACGAAUAUAUAAAAACGUGGUAGUGUUGUCAAAGGUCCUGGAAAACCCUAGGGUCCCGAAAACGAAGUUGGAAUUUUCUUUACUUCUAAAAACUUUUGCCAACCACGCCCUAAAAAGGUCGGAUUAAUGGCAUUAGAAAACAUGGAAUAAUUAUAAAAUCAAGAAACAAAAUUGGAAUUCUUAGAAAAAAAAAAAAAGGAAGAAAGAAACGUGUAUUGGAGUAACCACUUGCGAGAAAAUUGUAGACAUCUGGCGGUGGCGGGCCGAAUUACCGCCGGUCGCUGGAUCCACACACGUCCGGGGACGUGACAGUGGAGAUGUUUUCGUCGCCGGCGUCAGUGGUAGGCGAGCCGUCAGGCUACGACUUUCAGAAAGAAGAGAACAUCGCCAAGUGGAAGGGAGUAUUUGUCAACUCCCUACGCAAGGUUCCACCAAGCUUGUUGUGUCCCAAGAGCGUAACAAUAAUAUUCGAUUCUGGGAUUCAUCUAAAUGUAUUAGAGCAAGUACAUCCUAGUCUUGAAGCACGACAAGAUGCCUUAGACUAUGUUGAGAGUUUAAUCUUAAGGCUGUUGGGAAUGCUGUGUGGUCAUCCUCCACCGCAUACACCUCAAGAUGUGGAAGAAAGAGUAAGACGUACAUUUCCCACACCUAUUGAUAGAUGGGCACUCAGAGAUGCAAGAGAUGCCUUGGAAAAGGGAAAAAAGAAAUCACCAUUAGUUCUUCCAGUUGACAAAAUCCAUCAAUUAUUACAAAAAGAAGUAUUACAACAAAAAAUUGAUUUACAAGUUAGUCUUUUUGUGGUAGGAGUUUUGGAAUAUAUUUCUGCAGAUAUUUUGAAGUUAGCUGGAAAUUAUGUCAAGAACAUACGUCAUGUGGAGAUAUCUUGUGAAGAUAUAAGGGUUGCAAUGUGUGCUGAUAUGGUAUUAAUGGACUUAUUUUAUCAAGAUGAUUAUGCAGAAGGUCCACAAAGUGGUUUAGGUGCAGUUGUUUCACAAACUUAUGAAGAAUCUGUUCGGGAUCUUAUACAUGAUGAACGUCAUUAUUUACGUGAACUUCAUAUGAUAAUUAAGGUAUUUCGGGAAGAAAUUGCAAAAUUAGCACAAGAUAAAUCUGAAAUUGAAAUACUUUUUAGUAAUAUUAUGGAUAUUUAUGAAGUUACUGUAACAUUACUUGGUAGUUUAGAAGAUAUAAUGGAAAUUACAGAAGAAAAACAAACACCUACAGUUGGCUCAUGUUUUGAAGAAUUAGCAGAAGCAGCAGAAUUUGAUGUUUAUAUAAAAUAUGCAAAAGAUAUUAAUAGUCCGGCUUGUCGAGAAGUUUUAACGAAUUUAUUAUCGAGACCUGAAGCUAAUGCUGCAUUAAGAGCAGCAGGACAUGGUUUUAAAGAAGCUGUCAAAUAUUAUUUGCCAAAACUUUUAUUACAACCAGUAUGGCAUUGUUUUUUGUAUUUUCAUUAUAUAAAGGUAUUACAGAAACGUACACCAAAUAUAGAAGAUGGUGAAACAUUGGAACAAGUACAAGGUCUUUUAAGUCCACUUCAAAUGGAAUUAUUACAAUCUACAGCAAGUCUUCCAAAAAAAGAUACAGGUUUACGAAUGCAGAGUAGAGCAAGAAGGCAAGCAGCAUUAGAAAAAACUAGUGAAUUACAAAAAACUGUUGAUGGUUGGGAUCAAAGAGAUGUUGGACAAUCUUGUAAUGAAUUUAUACGUGAGGACAUGUUGGGAAAAGUAAGUAAUGGAAGAAGACUAACAGAACGAAGAGCGCUUCUUUUCGAUGGUUUGUUAGUUCUUUGUAAACCAAGUGGUGGUAAAAGGGUUAGCGUUACCGUUGCAGCUGUUGGUGUGGUGGGUCAUCCAGCUCACCAAGGUGAACUGCGCUUAAAAGAAAGAUUUUUUAUUAGAAAAGUGGAUAUUAUUGAUAGAGAGGAUACUGAAGAAUUAAAAAAUGCCUUUGAAAUUGCACCAAGGGACCACCCUAAUGUUAUUCUUGUUGCCAAAUCUGUCGAAGAUAAAAAUAGUUGGAUGGCGGAUCUUGUAAUGUUGAAUACAAAGAGUAUGUUAGAAAGAACUUUGGACAGUAUCCUUUUAGAUGAGGAAAGGAAACAUCCUUUAAAGUUACCUCCACCACAUUUAUACAAAUUUGCCGAACAGGAUAGUUCAGAAAAUAUUGUUUUAGAAGCGAGAGAAAAUGGAGGUGUACUAUUAAUUAAAGGCGCAACUUUGGUUAAAUUGGUAGAAAGAUUAACUUAUCAUAUAUAUGCUGAUCCAGCUUUUGUACGAACAUUCCUUACUACUUAUAGGAGUUUUUGCUCACCACAGGAACUAUUGACUUUAUUAAUAGAAAGAUUCGAUAUACCGGAUCCAUCAUUAGUUUAUGGUGAGGAAGAAAAAUCUUCUGGUUGUAAAACAACUGUUAGGGAAGAUUGGAAAAGAUAUAGAAAAGAAUUUUGUCAACCUGUUCAAUUCAGAGUUUUAAAUGUUUUAAGACAUUGGGUUGAUCAUCAUUUUUAUGAUUUUGAACGCGAUAGAAAUCUCUUAGAAAGAUUACAAUCAUUUUUAGACACAGUAAGUGGAAAAUCAAUGAGAAAAUGGGUAGAUUCAGUAAUAAAAAUUGUGCAAAGAAAAUGUGAACCUUCAGAACAACGACCUAUUACGUUUAGCUUUGAACGAUCUCCACCACCUAUUGAGUGGCAUUUAAAAGUUCCUGAAGAAGAAUGGGGAAUAUUAACAUUACAUCCAAUUGAAUUAGCAAGACAAUUAACUUUACUAGAGUUUGAGUUGUAUAGAACUGUAAAACCUUCAGAAUUAGUUGGAUCAGUAUGGACUAAGAAAGAUAAAGAGAAAACAUCACCUAAUUUACUAAAAAUGAUAAAGCACACAACAAAUUUUACACGGUGGCUGGAAAAAACAAUAGUAGAAACUGAAAAUUUAGAAGAGAGAGUCGCAAUUGUAUCGCGAGCAAUUGAAAUUAUGAUGGUGCUUCAAGAUCUUAAUAACUUUAAUGGUGUAUUAGCAAUUGUUAGCGCAAUGGGAUCUGCAUCCGUUUUUAGGUUAAAAUUUACAUUUCAACAAAUACCAGCACGAUUGGAAAAAGCUCUCGAAGAAGCUCGAGAACUAAAUAAUGGUCAUUUUAGAAAAUAUCAAGAAAAAUUACGAUCUAUUAAUCCACCUUGUGUACCAUUUUUUGGCAUGUACCUGACCAACAUCUUACACAUUGAAGAAGGUAAUCCGGAUUAUCUACGAGGAAGUCCAGAACUUAUAAAUUUUAGUAAACGGCGAAAAGUAGCAGAAAUAACUGGAGAAAUUCAGCAGUAUCAAAAUCAGCCGUAUUGUCUUUUAGUGGAGCCUAGAAUAAGACAUUUUAUUGAGAAUUUAUCACCUUUUGAUCCUAAUAUGAAAGAAGCUGAUAUAAGCAAUUAUUUGUAUAAUAAAAGUUUAGAAGUAGAACCCAGAGGUUGUAGACAACCUCCUAGAGUCUCUCGUAAAUGGCCGGACUUAAAUUUAAAAUCACCAGGCAUUAAAGCUAGAAGUUUAAGCGGCAAAUUACCAGCUCCAUUGCAAGCUGUAGCUUCAAGUGUAAGAUUACACGAUCCUCCUCCGGAAGCUCCACCACCAGAAUUACCAGAAACUCCUCCACAUACUUCACAUAUUAUAGUUUCUCAUGUAGGGGACCAUACUGUCUUUGCACCUGUACUACUAGGAGGUACAGCUCAACCUCCAGGUUCACCAGGUCCUCUCAGUAUGUCGGGACUUUCGAUCAGCUCACCAGGUAGCAGUCCACAGUUAGGAUCACCUGGUCAUUUGCCAGUUCCGCAUCAUCAACCACAGAAUCAUUUUGGCUUUAAUUCCGGUACAAUAGGUGUAAUGGGAGCUUUAACUGGUAUGCCAUCAUCAAGUGGAAGUCCUAGUGCUGCUAUGCCACCUCCUCCUUCUCCUAGCCACAUACCUCCUAUUCAACCUCCGCCCCCUUUGCCACCAAGAUCUCAUAGGAAACGAGAAAGUUCUAUUAGUGAAUCACCACAACAGGCGAGACAAGCUCCAAAUGCACCAAUACUUCCUCCACGAGAUGGUACGUCUCCACCACCAUUACCGCCACGAAAAGAUUUACCUCCGGUGAUGUUACCACCUCGCCUUCCUACAACGUUAAAUCCAAAUUGUUCAGCGCUACUCGCUAGGCGGAAUUCGACGUUGGAGAACACGUGUUCGAGUACUGUUCAUCCACGAAGGCAUAUGUCUUUCAAUGGGCCCAGUCCUACAAAACUUCCACCUACGCAACCUAAUGGAUCGGUAACACCAAGACUACCGCCAAAACCAUUGCCGGGACGUCCACCAACUACCAUGUUUAAUUUCAAUGCUCCUCCUGGAUCUAGUUAAGUGUUACAUCUUCCUACCUCUUACCUAAAUUAAAUCGCAUCUUUUGGAAUUUAGAAAUCGAGAUUUAGUCCACUCAGAAGGAUUAGUCAAGUCGGAUAUUUUGCUUGUAUAGUAUAUUUUACAAAUUCAUACUGUUUACGUAACAUUUUUACAAGAAAAUUUCAUAGGAAUGCAUUUAAAGUUCCAUAUUAAUGUAUUUACCACAAUUUUUUAGCCAAAUAUUUGAAGCAUAAUUGGUAAAUGCAUUGAUGCGAGAGAGCAAUUCAACGAAAAUUUUAUCGUGAUAUAGCUUGUACGUGAUGAGAUGCUGUUACAUUCCUUUUUACAAUUUGUCUUUUUAACAUAUGACAUAUUUUUAUUGAAAGUUUAUUUUUCGAAAGGAUAUAGAAUAUUUUAUCGCAUAUAGUAUAUUUUUAGAGGUUUUUUUACCAAAUGACUAUAUAGUGACUAUAUAGUAAAUAUAAGGCUUUAUAUCCUGUUCGAUUGAAUAAACUAAGUUGAAGCCAUUCAUCUUUGAAAGAUAUCUAAAAAUGAAAUUUGUACAGUUUUCCUAACUAAAAAAAAAAUAUAUAUAUAUAUAUCAAUCUCUGUUGUUCAAAUCUACAAAAUAUUUUUAUAAAUUAACAGAAGAGAAUUGCUUUGAUAAUUUUGCAUAUCUGAAUCAUAUAUCGCAAUAUAAUGCAUGUUAGUUCUAAUACACAUACUGAUAAAAAUAAGCAAAGAAUAACCAAAAUUAUUUCUGCAAUAAUAUAGGGGCGAAAACAUUUAUUUAAAAAAAAAAUAUUUUACCUAAUAAAUAACUUUAUCACACGUAUGCAUGCGUAUACACGUGUAUGUGUGUGUAUAUAUACACUUUUUUCUACGAAAUGCCCAAAAAAAUGUAAAUUUAGCACAAAAGCAAUAAUAUUACAAGAAUAUAUGUUAUUAUAAGAUGGAUCGCUACAAAUGAUUUUAUUCGUAGAAAAUUUAGAAUAAAAAAAGCAAAUAAGAAAACAUGAAGAUUCUUUCUCAUUUUUAAAAUUAUGAAAUGAUGAAUUACAUUUUUAUGAUUUGCCAUUUAAACGCCUAUAACAAUAUAUUUUUGAAAAAGGUGUAGAUGAUUGUAUAAAUAGGAUAAAUAUUGCAUAUUAUAUAAACAGAUUGAGGAAUGUAGGAUACAUUUCAUCGCAUUCGUUUACUAGAAUUAUGGCUAAUAAAUUUUAAGUUCAUGUGUCCGUCAGAUCCGGAGAUCUGACUGAAUGGACUAUGUAUCGAUUUCAGUCAUCCGAAUGGUCUCCUUUUCUUUAAAACAAGAAAAAAGUAAAAAAAAAGAUCCCUAUCUAUCCCUCAACACAACUGUGAUACACUUUUAGAUUUUAAAAAGGAAGCAGAAGACGCAAGAAAGUGCAGUAUGGAAUGAAUUAUAUGCCAAUAUGCAUAUAGAAUUAUACAUAUAAAUCGUGAAUCAAUAGCAAAAAAAAA